UGUAGAGAAACAAGAGCAGUUCAGCAUCAUCAAUCCUUUUUCACGGUAAAACUUUUGUAUAUAGUGGAAGUCAGACUGUGUGCUUCAUAUUAGCAGGACAGGAAGAGGCCCUUCACCUACAAUCGACAUAUAUGGAAUGAUUGAAACUCUCAUGCACAAACUGUUGUCCACUCAACAGAUCAAACCACAUUUCUUAAGAAAAGAGACCACAACAGGUUUCACUUUGACUCAAAAUAAACUGAGGUGGUAGAGUGUCAGCGCAUGGACACACCUCAGAAACACUUUAUUUAUGUUUCUUUAUUUAUGUAUUUGCCAAACACAACAAUUGACAACAGAAUGAUUAUGAAACCAUUUUAAAAGUAAUAAGAUCUAUUUGGACAUGGACUUUAGGAUGACUAUAUUCCACUACUAUACUUUUAGAUAAAACACACCCAGAUUACUACCUAUCAACAAUGCCUUAUGUUAAAUAAAAUAAAUACAUAAAGUGUGUUUUCCACCAGUUAGAACAGUGAAGGUCUUUGGGGCAGGCUGAAAACAACCACAUUUAUUUUGCAUAAUGUAUACCAACACUCACCUAUGAACAGAGCAUGUGUGAAAUGGGAGGGUGGCCAAAUCCUGUUGGGGGAAGAUUCACACACAACACCAGAUUAAUACGCCAUUUCUACUGUGUUCGUUUUUUGGACAAUGUUCUUAUAUCAGACCGGUUAGUGAACCAUCAAAGUAAAUGUUUCACACGUGUGUUUUGUUCUGUUUGUGCUGGUGGCGUCUGGCUGGUGAGUUUGGCGUUGAGAAAGUGCCAGUGAUGGAGGGAGAUUCUGUCACUUUAUACACUAAUGUUACUGAAACACGUCAAGAUGAUGAUUUAAUGUGGAAUUUUGGAACUGAAAAGCGUCACAUAACUCGAAUCAAUAAAGAGGCUGGAAUCUUUUCUACAUCAGAUGGUGUUGAUGGGAGAUUCAGAGGCAGACUGCUACUGAACAAUAAAACUGGAGAUCUCACCAUCACAAACACCAGAAUCACAGACACUGGACUUUAUAAACUACAGAUCAGUGGAGCUAAAAUGUCAUCAAAAACAUUCAGUGUUACUGUCUAUGCUCAUCUGCCCGUUCCUGUCAUCAUCAGAGACUCUUCUCAAUGUUCUUCAAGCUCUAAAUGUGUGUUGGUGUGUUCAGUGGUGAAUGUGACACAGGUGACUCUCUCCUGGUACAAAGGAAACAGUUUAUUCUCCUCCAUCAGUGUGUCUGAUCUCAACAGCAGUCUCUCUCUACCUCUGGAGGUGGAAUAUCAGGAGAACAACAUCUACAGCUGUGUGAUCAACAAUCCCAUCAGAAACCAGACUAAACAUCUCAACAUUACUGAAGUCUGUCAGCCGUGUUCAGAUCUGGACUCAUCUUUGGUUUAUAUAGAGCUGAUUUCUGCUGCUGCCGGAUCUCUGUUGAUUGUGGCUGCAGUUGUGAUACUCUGCAGCUACAGGAAAUGUAAAAAAACAGCCCAGACCCGAGAAGAAUCCUUCAGUAAACAAAAGAUACAUAAAGCGAAAUCAAAGCAUGCGGAGAUGGUGUAUGAAAAUGUUCCCAAGAAACGAUGAUCAAACUACCAAAUUGGAUUUAUUGGAUUUCCUCAAAUGUAUUUUGUCUCUGGUAGGAUGUUGUUCAGUGGUACUCUGCUGUGAAUGAUCAAGAAAUAUUAAGACUUAAUUUGUCUCGUCUUACCUUGCAAAAAUAUUUUCUAUACUGGCUUUAAUUCUUGAGCAUUCCUGUUAAAAAAUAAAACCUGACUUGAAUGUUGUUGCUCUGCAUUAGUUUAAUUUAGUUGCAAACUCACAAAUAACAUGCAAUGUCUACUUUAAACGCAAGUAAAAAAGAUCUGUAUUUUGUACAGUCAUUAUUUACUCACCCUCAUUUGGUUCCAAACCCAUAUGACUUUCCUUCUUCUGUGGAACACAAAAGGAGAAGUUAGGCAGAAUGUAAAGGACUGACAAUAAACAUUAACUUUAACUGCAUGGAAAAAGAUGCAAUGAAAGUGAAUGUCAAAUGAGGCAGUGACUCUAACAUCUUUUUGUGUUCCACAGAUGAAAGAAAGCGAUGCAUAUUUAGAACAAAAUGAGGAUGUAUACAUGCUGACAGAAUUUUCGAAUGAACUACAGUAGUCCUUAUGUAAUGUAAAUGUAAUUUUAAACAACGAAACAUGU